GCGCGCUCCCGGCGGGGAUCUGAGUCUUGGAGGCGGCGCCGCAGGGCACGGAGGGACGGCCGGAUCGUGGUGCAGCCUUCUUCCCGGACGCCAGCGCUGAGGACAUGAUGUCGGGCCUUUGCCACCGGCUGCUUUGGGCCGCCACCUGCCUGGCCGCGCUCUGUGUCCUGUGCGUGGAUUCGAACAGCAGCUUGGCCCCGACCCCGACCCCGACCCCGACCCCGACCGGGACUAACGCCUCGUCUGUAAUGCCCACAAUAGUGCCGACGUCCAGGACGCCUGCCCCGCUGACCACCACUCCAGCACUAGAAUCGUGUGCCAGCCAUGGCAGUUGUGUUUCCUGUGCUAAUAGUAGUAUUGAUAAUGUUACCUGCGUUUGGUUAGUUUGCAAAGAAAAGAGCUACUGUUCACAUAAUUCAUCAGCGGAGUGCAAAGUGAUGAACAGCACAGAGUCCUGUUCUGAACCCACCACUGCUCCGGUGCCAACUGCUUCUACAGCUAAAACCACUACUUGGCCUGUAGCUUCUACCACAGCUACCACAUCAGGUGCAGCAAAUACCACUUUCACCCCAACCUUAUCACCUGGGCGGAAGUCCACCUUUGAUGCAGCCAGUUUCAUUGGAGGAAUUGUCCUUGUCUUGGGUGUGCAGGCUGUAAUUUUCUUUCUCUAUAAAUUCUGCAAAUCUAAAGAACGAAAUUACCACACUCUGUAAACAGACCCAAUAAAUUAACAAGGACUGGCGAUUCGUUUGAGUAACUCACUGAAACCAAGAUACUCUUUCUGAAGAAGUCCCACAUGGAAGACACUAUUCCAGGAUCUUUACAUUUCCACAGGAUGCAUACAGGAUGUGCUGGAACAUCGAUCUGGAAGAGAAAUAGGUUAAACCAUUUUGCUCAACGGGAAUAUUUAACGAUAUUCUGCAUGAAUCCUUGUGGCUGUCGUCUUUUAUUUUAAAUGGCUGCUGCUGUGGGAUUGUUUCUUUUCUUGACAUGCCAAAUGUAACUUUUUCUAAGUGGUGGAAAAUGUCAUAUAUAGACAACCUCAUGAGUCUUUGCAGGUUAGUCAUUUAAAGCCUCAGAGCCGCAUUAUUUUCAUGCAAACUCAAGAUACAGCUUAGUGACCAGAAUUGAGAAGAGUGUGUGCCAAAUGAGUGUCAGUCAGGUGGGUUAUGGUUAUUUCAAAAGAGGAAUACAUUUAUACAUUCGGUAGUAUAAACUGUAGGCUUAAACUCAAAAUUUUGUGCUUGAUAAGUUAAAUUUUUCUACAUUAGAAAUAAGGUGCCACGCAGGGAAUUACAUUCCAGAGUUAAAGAAAUGAAAGGAUACAAAGUGUUAGUGUACAGGUGUGACAGGUUAUUGUUCAUAAAUAUAUAAAGCACCUUACAUCUUUGAGAAAUAAAGAACCGUGCCUUAAA